AUGAGGGAGCGCGGCGGCCGUGUCGGAUCUCAGGGGAGGCUCCGCCCAUCUCCCCUUCAUCUGCUCCUCCUUCUCUGCGUGCUCACUGUCCUGUUCUUCGUGUUCUCGGCUGCUACCCGGGGAGGAGGUACACCUCCCCCUGAUCACUUGGAGCUCCGUGUGGAUGGCAGUAAGGGGACGGAUGCCUUGGAGGAUUAUGCCGAGGUCGAGGUAUCCCUUCCCCCCGGGGUGGAUGGGGGUGAGGGGACGGAGCCGGCGGCGGCGGAUGAGGACGAGGGCGACGGUAGGGAGCAGCAGCCUGUGGAAGCCGAGAUCGAGGCCGAUGAAGCAGAAGAGAAGGGUACGAGGACUGGGUCUUGCGCCAUCGUUGAGGAGAUGGGGGCGGUCUUCAGACAGGGAUCCGAGAAGGAAAGCCUCAGAGUUCGGAAGUUGAUACAGGAACACUUCCGGCUGAACGGUAUGUCCCUGACCCUCCCUCCCGCGAUUCGAUUCUGUCCGCGGUUUUCCUCGAACGUGAAAGAGCAGAGCGGUAGACCUUCAAACGCCGAUUUUGAGCUCAGAAUAAGGGUCAUCUCACUGCAAUCCAUAUAUACCUCUCUUCGAGCUCCAGACCGAGGAACUCAAAGAAUUUCCCAAAGAGGCAUCACUAAUAAUCCAUGACCCCGGCUCAGCGGGGACCCGCGUCCACUUCUCCCAGAUUACUGGUACCCAGGAGUGGAUUAUGAUCCCGUUUCAUAGGUCAACGAUUUCCAGCAGAAAUCAUGUAGAUCGAAACACUUGCUUUUUUGAUAUCCACAUUGAUUUAAGCUCGCGUUGAUGCAAACCAGGAGCGGCCAGAGUUCGAGCCCUGCCCCCAGAGCAGUAUUGCAGACAGGGUUUUGUGAUAGGAAAGGCAACACGCGCGGGUUUCGGCAAUGAAAUGUACAAGAUCUUAACUGCGGGAGCACUGAGUAUCAUGCUCAACCGAUCCCUGAUCAUCGGGAAAAACAGGCACGCACACUCUUCCUCCGUUGACUUCCCGCCGAUACUUCUUUCUUUGUUGCAUCAUUCGUAGAAUUCAGGCUCUGCAGUGCUAGUAGUAGCGCUUCCAGGCCGACGGCAUUACAUGGAAAAUCGAGUCAUCUCUCAGCUUUUCACUCUCUUCGGAUGCAUUCUUUCCGCAGGGGUUCAUUCCCUUUCGGGGAUUAUCUAUCGUAUUCCAACACAAGCUUCACAUUGGAUGAGGUCAAGAGACUUUGGAGUAAGAAUAAAUGCACGAAGAAGUAUGGGAGACCGCUCACGGUGAGGAUCGAUCAUUUUCUAAAGCCCGCAGAAUCAAACGUCCUGUGCAGCGACUGGACUCUUUGGAAACAACCGGUCAUUUGGUGGGUCUCGUUUUUCUCUUCUUUUCUUUUUUUUUCACCAAAGAUUUAUACCGGUUAUUAGACCCGUAUUACAUGUUCUUCCAGGUUCAUUUAUCUCGUCGGACUGCGCUUUGGUUUUGCUAUUUUGAUGAUAUUACGAGAGAAAGUCUCUCAAAGUUUCAAUUGUCAUUUCGAAAACGCCUGCAGCAGUUAAAAACUGGAGGCCAUCCGUGGCUUCACAGUUUCAUUUUAUUUCUUUAGUCUCGAUCGUCCUCUGUUCCUCGCGAUAUUAAUGCAUGCCCUCUAAUGCCUGUCUGAGAUCCACAGCGAGAUCUUUUCGGGUAAAUGCUCGGUUUCACCUCUGUGCUCUCGUUGGUCGCAUUCUCCAAAUAUUUGUUCAUGGGAAAGUGAUCUCCUUGUGGUUUAUAUUAGAGAGAUCAUGGCAGAAGUUGUGGGUAUGGACCUUGUUGAGAAACCUGAGGACAUCCCGUUGGAAUAUCUCAUGGCAGGUUUGAAGGUACCACGGAUGCCAUUGGGGCCCAGUUCUUCCUGAAGAACAUCCACCCCGGAAUGAAGAACAGGGCUUUAAAUCUGUUCGGGGACCCGGGAGCUGUCCAAUCCCGGCCAAAUGUAUUUGGGGAACUGAUGCGGGCCCUCGUCUCCCCCUCCAGACCCAUUGAAGAAGCUGUACGCUGGGUUCUUCGUGACCGCAAAGAGGUUGACGUGACAUUGCACGCUCGCAUGAUGUCAGGCAGGUACUGUAACGAGCUUGUCUCGGGGCUUUUGAUUUGUUAUUCAUGUCCUUGGGAUGAAAUCGAGCUGUGGAUCAUGAUUUCAGGUCUGUAAGGGCAAUACAGGCGGCUCUAAUGUGCAUCAGAAGAGCCUCGUCGGCUCAUCGGCCACAGAGUGCAAAGCCCCGUGUGGUUCUGGUUUCUGAUACACCGUCGUUCAUCAGGGAUAUCAGUCCAGGCGUGAAGGAAUUCGGCGAGGUAGAAGCCCACACACCCCGUUCUUCCGUUUGAAGACUAUUGAAUCGCAGCUGAAUCAUGCGCGGACGAUAACAUCUUUGAUUGGAUAUGUCCGACAGAUUAUCCACUUCGAUCACAAGGCGUUUGAAAUAAGCGUGCCCAAUGCAAGCUUCAGAGUCCAACAGCAGGUAUUUACGUAUUCUCUUGAUUUCGAGUCUCCCUUCCGUGGAGUUUUUAGCUCGGACGGGGUAAAUCCUUUGAUGAAUCUCCUCACACUGUCAUACCACGCAUGAAAAACCACUAAUUUACAGGAUCUCUGACCAAGGUAUGAUCCAAAAACACAAUGAUUUGCUUGUCGCUGUGCACCUGCCUCAUCACCUUCUUCUCGGUACAUUUAUUUUGUUUGCAUAUUCAGUUGUACAUAUAUUAAGUAGGUGUGAGGAAACUGGUUGCAGUUGGCUUUCAGGGCGAGGGACUGGGGGCCAUCGCCGAGGUGGGUGGCCUUCGUGGACUUCUUCCUUGCGUCGCGCGCCAAGCGCGCGGUCAUUUCUGGAGCCCAUCGUCGCAUCGGCACGACCUACGCGCAGCUCAUCGCGGCGCUUGCCGCCGCCAACCAGCUGGGUAAGCUCCCUUCCUUGGGAUAUCAUGGACGGGCGGCGAUCGAAUUCGAUCCUCAUGUGGGGGCUUCUGGGCGGCGCAGAUGAGGAGGCUUCUACGCCGUCGGGGUUUUCGUUCUUCAGUAGCAUCCACAGCAACCUGCUGGAGCGAGGCCUGGGGAGCCAGGCGGGAUGGGGGCACGCCUGGAACAGGUUCGCCGGGCCGCUGAGCUGUCACAGGCAGCGCCAUCAGUGCGCCGCCACGCCGCUCAUGCCGCCCGCCUGGUGGGACGGCCGCUGGCAGAGCCCCCUCUCUCGCGACGUCCGCCGGCUGAGGGCGUACGGUGUCCAUUUGACGGAAGCCGGCGAAGUCAUCGAGAGCAGUCUUCGGGGACACUGUCGACAUCGGAAGGAGGUAGUCAGAACUUUUCCCAUCUUACACAUAUGA